AUGUCCUCCUAUUGGCUGUGCGGGUGCGGCGGCUACAAUCCAUUCAAGCUGCAGGGGCCCAAGGGUGCCAACGGCCAGCAGCCCACCCAAGAGGCCGUCCACUGGCCCAAGCUGGACGAAAAGGGCAUCGAGCGGGCUGCGGCGCUCAGCGGAGAGGCCUGGGCGGAGUACCGCAAGGUGCUCGCGAAGGCCACGGUCGCCAAGGUCGACGCGGGCCGCGCCGUCACCGCUGGCGGGCCUGGCGCUUGCGGGGCCUUCGCCGCGCACGAGGCCACCCAGCACUUCAAGCGCGUCGACCAGAAGGCGGUCGAGGCCGCCAAGACCGUGCAGCGCUUGGCGGCAGCCGCGGCCAAGGCGACGCUGGCGCUUGAGGAGGCGCAGCGCAAGUGCAAGGCCGUCGAGGCCGAGCGCGAGGAGGCCAGGGCUGCUGCGGCCAAGGUCUUCGUCGUGCCAGAGGCUGUGCCCGCCGCCCGCCUCUUGGAGAAGCUCUCCGCCGCCGACGUCGCCGAGAAGUCGACGCAGGACCUGCUCGCGGAGGUCAUCGAGCUGGUCAAGGCGGCGGCUCCGCCGCCUCCGCCUGCGGCAGCAGCGGCGGCGGCAUCUCCAGCGGCCCCAGCGGGCGGGGCAAGCGGCGCCGAGGGCGCAGGCCCCAUGGACGUCACCGUGGAGGCGCCGCCCCCGCCCGACGGCAUGGUCACCCUGCAGUCAUUCGUUCGCGAGUCGGAUCCUGGCUCGACCUGGCGCGGGCCCACCAUCAACCCGAACGCCCACUCCACUUUCAUGGAUCUCGUGGGCAAGGACGAGCUCGUCCACUGCGACUUCGUCGCCGUCCAGGAGACUCACCUCUCCACGCCGCGCGCAGCCGAGGCUGGCGCGGCCUUCGACCGCCUGGGCUGGCAUGCCCUCGCGUGCGCCGCCACCGACGCGGAGGGCGGCACGCCUGGUCACGGCGGCUUGCAUUGCCUGGCCCCCAGGCGGCAUGGGGCUGCGCCCUUCCUCGUCGACGGCCUCCGCAGCGGCGAGCUCAUCCCUGGCCGCGCCGCCAUCCUGCAUCACGGCGGCUUCAUGCGUGGCGGGAUCUCGUGGGUCAACGUGUACCUGCACACGGGCGGGGGCCUGUCGGCCGCCAACCUGGCCAUACUGGAGGCCGUGCGGCGAGCGGUCCUCGUGGUCGGCCCGCCGCUCAUCAUCUGCGGCGACUUCAACAUGGAGCCCGUCGAGCUCGCCCAGGCCCCUUGGCUCGCGCAGCUGGGCGGCCACAUCGUCGCUCCCGCGAGCGGCACAUGCAGGCCCGCCGAGCGCGUGCUGUACUACUUCGUGGUAUCCUCCUGCUUCGCGGCGGCCAAGGCCACGACCCUCCAGGACUGGGACUUCGGCCCUCACCGACCCGUUCUGCUCGAGGUGAGCACAGGCCAGGUGCAGCCUUGGGUGCAGGUGACGCAGUCGCCCAAGCCCUUCCCGCGGCCGCCGACGCCUGGGAGCUGCUCCCAGGACUUCGGCCCAGCCUGGGCCGCCGUGCAGCAAGCCGCGCCGCACGCCCCCACCGUCGACGACGCGUGGCAAGCCGUCAUCAGUGUCGCUGAGGACGAGCUGAUCGACCGCUGCGGCCUCAGCGAGCACGGUGACCAGUACAGGGGGCGAGCGGCCCCCCCCGUGCUCCGCUGGGCCCGCGCCAGCGCGCCCAAGAUGCCGCGAUACCCCAGGCUGGACAUCCAGAUGUGCUGGAUCAAGCAGUGGGCCAUGGUCGCCAAGAACGCCUCCUCCCUGGACGUCAUCGGUGCCCAUGGGCGUGGUCGGCAGCAGAUCCACCGUCUGCGGCGCGCCUGGAACCGCUACGUCCGGCACGCCGAUGGAGGCCAGCAGCAGAGCCGUCUCGGAAACGCGCUGGCCCUCCUGUGCAGCGCCUUCGACUACUUGCCGUGCGCCGCACUCCGCGCCGUCGCGGCGCUGGUGGACGACGUGGGCGACCUGCUCGUCGCCUCCGCGAUCAGGCGGACCAAGUCCAAGUUCGGCGACUGGAUCGAGCAGCAGGCCAUGCUUGAAGGCGGCGCGCUGCACGCCUUCACCAAGGAGCCCACGCAGUGGCAUCCUAGCCCCACCUGCGCCGACGGCGGCAGCGGGGCGGAGGGCAACCCUGUCCUGACGCCUGCGGACCAGAUGCAGGCGGCGCAGCUCCUCGUCAAGGAGUGGUCGCGCUACUGGAACAUCGGCAGCACGACG